CGUGAGUGUUUGCCUGCCAUUUCUGUGGAAGCCGUCUGGGGUGCAUCGUUGCUGCCUAUGCACCUUAACUUCAUACCUACGCUUCCAGCGUUGCGAGUGUUUUGUUCAAUAUCAGAGCCCUUCUCAUGUAGUACACAGUGUUCCUAACUUCUCCAGCGGCGUCAUCUUCAAGUUGAUGUCCUUUACAUUCGCCAUGAUUACAUUACCGAUUGGCACCUACUUCUUCACCAACGCCUACGUGUUCAAUGGCAACGCAACAUAUGCUGGUGGUCUAGCUGCUCUCAUGGCGAACGUUGUCCUCAUCGGCUACGUGAUCAUGGCCUUCCUGGACGACCAGAAAGAGCAGGCAGAAGAGGCGGACAAGGAAAAGAAGCAGUUGUAGUAUAGCCGACUCGGAAGGGGUGCAGGUCGCGGGAGAACACGAGCAGAUACUGCCUCACUGCAAGGACACGAAGAAGUGCCUUGGUUGAGGAAGUCGGAGAGAGGAGAGAGGAGAGUGGUGCACUCCAGGACACAAGGGUCACACGCAUCGUAGUCGAAGGAUCGAAGAGCAAAAGUUCAGGCCAAAAUAACACGCUGCAUUACAAAUUACUACGUAGCUUUUGCACAUGCCAAAU